GGAAAAAUCCAUUAGAAGGAGAAGGCGUCGAUUUAAAAUGGGAGAAGCCGAUAUCAGAUAUUUAUACUGGAUUUACAUAAGCAGAUAAGGAGCUAACCAGCAACACGUUUGUUACCUUUAGUAGUUAGUAGAAAGGCACGACUGAAGUCGCCUGCGUUCUCUCCCUCUCCGGGGCCAAGUUUCUACUUUCUACUACACUGAUAUAAAUGGCGACCGCGGCCGCAACCUGUUGGUUCACAGCGCUCACCUCCGCCACCGGCCCUUCCCGUUACUCCCUAACCUCACAACGUUUUUUCGCCACCACUUUAAGACGGCACUCUCAUUUAAUAGCUCCCAAUUCCGAAACUAAUCAAAAUGCCGAAACUCAUGCUGCUAUCAAUCCAAAUCGCAAGAGCAGAACCUCCAAGAAACCACUCCCUUCCUCUCCGCGUAAAUCCAGCGCACAGAAGGAAGCCAUUGGUCAGAGGUUUCCUGGGACGUCAAAAGAUGAGGUACAUUUCUCGCGUGCUGAUGCCAGGAGUAGUAAAACAGUACGAUCCCAACGGAAUCAACCUGUUGCCUUCAAAUCCUUUGGUCUGCAGAAAAAAGGAAACAAAGGAGGCAAUAAUGUGUUUGAUAUAAAAGAGCAACAGGUUGAAACAGGUAAUUUUCAAGAUGCAGCUUUUCUUAAUGCUGUUGUAAAGGUGUACUGCACACACACUGCACCAGAUUAUUCGCUUCCUUGGCAGAAACAGAGACAAUAUACGAGUACUGGAAGUGCCUUCAUGAUCGGUGAUGGGAAGCUUUUGACCAAUGCACAUUGUGUUGAACAUGACACACAGGUCAAGGUGAAGAGAAGGGGAGAUGAUACCAAAUAUGUGGCUAAGGUUUUGGCUAGGGGAAUAGAGUGUGAUAUGGCUUUACUCUCGGUAGAGAGCACAGAAUUCUGGGAAGGAGCAGAGCCACUUCAUUUUGGACGCUUGCCUCGGCUGCAGGAUCCAGUGACCGUCGUAGGAUAUCCCCUUGGAGGCGAUACCAUUUCUGUCACAAAGGGAGUGGUAUCAAGAAUUGAGGUAACCUCAUAUGCUCAUGGAUCAUCCGACUUGCUGGGCAUCCAAAUUGAUGCAGCUAUUAAUCCUGGUAAUAGUGGUGGUCCUGCAUUUAAUGAUCAGGGAGAGUGCGUCGGUGUGGCAUUUCAGGUUUUCAGAUCUGAUGAAGUUGAGAAUAUUGGUUAUGUGAUUCCAACAACAGUUGUGUCGCAUUUUCUCGAGGACUAUGAGAGAAAUGGGAAGUACACUGGUUUCCCUUGCCUUGGAGUGUUGUUGCAAAAGUUGGAGAAUCCUGCUCUUCGUGCAUGCUUAGGAGUGCCGUCAAAUGAGGGUGUGCUUGUGCGCAGAGUUGAGCCAACUUCUGAUGCCAGUAAUGUUUUGAAGGAGGGGGAUGUGAUUGUAAGCUUUGAUGGUAUUCGUGUUGGUUGUGAGGGGACAGUGCCAUUCCGAUCGACUGAACGCAUUGCAUUUCGCUACCUUAUUAGUCAAAAGAUGCUUUGUUUCAGAUUUGCAGGGGAUGUGGCAGAGCUUGGUAUUGUUAGGGCAGGGUCAUUCACAAAACUUAAAGCAGUUUUAAAUCCUCGUGUGCAUUUGGUUCCAUAUCACAUUGAAGGAGGUCAGCCUUCAUAUCUAAUAGUUGCUGGAUUGGUUUUCACACCACUAUCUGACCCACUGAUAGAGGAAGAAUGCGAAGACCAAAUUGGGUUGAAAUUAUUGACGAAGGCACGGUACUCGUUGGCUAAGUUCAAAGGGGAACAAAUUGUGAUCCUUUCACAGGUUUUAGCAAAUGAAGUAAAUAUUGGAUAUGAAGAUAUGAGUAACGAGCAGGUUUUGAAGUUAAAUGGAACGCGCAUAAAAAACAUUCACCACCUUGCUUAUCUUGUUGAUUCUUGCAAGGAUAAAUAUUUGGUCUUUGAGUUUGAAGACAAUUAUUUGGCUGUUUUGGAAAGAGAGGCUGCUUGUUCUGCUUCUGCGCGCAUUCUCAAAGAUUAUGGGAUUCCGGCUGAAAGAUCUCCAGAUCUUUCAGAGUCAUAUGUUGACUCCCUUGGGGUAAACCAUCCAGUUGAACAACAUGAAUUUGGAGAUGGUCCAGUUUCAAAUUCAGAAUUUGGUUUUGAAGGUCUUCUUUGGGUGUGAAGAGAGCCGGAGGGAAUUCGAUUUGGUGAUAUCUAUAGCCAUUCAAAAGAAGUGGGAUGAAAAAUUGAGAAUAGCUUCUGCUAACGUUUCUGGUCACUAUGGAGUAGUAACACACCGCUGCUAGACAUUUUCUACAUUGGUUGGGCUUUGGGUCUCGGUAAUUGUCGAAUAUCUUGGAGGACAUGAGAAAAUCUGUUUUCUUACAAGCCAAAAAUUAACGUUUAUCUGAUUCUUCUCUUUGUAAUUAUGAAAGGAAAUAAUAGGCUACACGUCUUUAUGACUUU